UUGCUUUUAAUAUUUUAAACUUUUUUCUUAUCUCCUUCAGCUGUGGGAAUCACAGGUCUUACACUCUUCACUGAUAAACUCGAGUUGAAAUUACAUUCUUGGAACCUUGUUCCUUGCCGCUUCUAUUCAGACACCCCCAUCUUACCUAACCAGCUGCAUUUGGAAUGGGGUAAAACUAUAGAUGAAGGCAGAACAUACAUCCCACUGAUCCAGGUUUCUGGGAAGACUGUGAAAAAGUCAAAGAAGAGGCAUCAGGUUUAUGUAAACGUUAUUUCCAAUGGCAACUGCUCUUUGGUCAUCAAUCCUGCCAAGAGCAUGGACAGUGGCAUUUAUGAAGUGCGUCUGACUCUUGAUGGGGUGCUGUAUAAGCCUAUCCCAAAAAUCAGAGUUCAGCCCUUGACAUCAGAAACAACAGUGAGGUUGCAGAAGCGAGAUACAAUAGGUGAAGAACAAUCAACUUACUUUGAUGAGCGAAGUCUACAGGACUUGCAAGAAACAGAGAAUACAGAGAAAGUGACUUACGUCUUUCUGAAAUAUGAAAAAUAUUAUAUUACUGCAAUAGUCAUCAUGUCACUGUUCACACUAUUAGGACCAUUGGGAUGGUAAGUAACAAUCUUACUAGCUCUUUCUUAGACAGAACAAUAUUCAGCCAUAUUCAGCUUAAUACUAGUUCAAGUAUAACUUCCUCUGGUGACAUUU